UCGUUUGUACAAAAAGGGCCUUCUCACCCCAGAAACAUUUGCUUUGCUGCCAUAUCAUUGAAUCGCUGUGACCGACCCCCCCUGAGCAACCAUGUCAGUCUCCGUCCUCGAGUCAUCGCUCGCUCCCCGCCUGCCAGAGUCCUCCGCGACUCUGUUCGAGGCCAAGCAAGCCAAGAAUCUCACGUUCGCAGAAAUCGGCAACGCCGUGGGCAGAGAUGAGGUUGCUGUUGCGGCUCUAUUCUACGGUCAGGCGAAGGCGUCCGCUGAAGACAUCGACGCCCUCUCUACGCUGCUGUCCGUCCCUAAAGAACCGCUUGCGAAGCAACUGGCCGGCUUUCCGGACCGUGGACGUAGUAUUGAGAUGCCGCCAAAGGAGCCGUUGAUCUAUCGACUUUAUGAGAUCGUGCAGAACUAUGGUCUGGCCUAUAAGGCGGUCCUGAAUGAGAAAUUCGGAGACGGAAUCAUGAGUGCGAUUAGCUUCAGCACCAAGGUGGAAAAAGAGGUGGAUGAUCAAGGAACUUGGGCAGUGAUUACGAUCCGAGGGAAAUGGUUGCCAUAUACACGGUUCUAGAUGUUCUUCAUGGUUGAAUUGGAACGGCCUCUGAGGCACUAGGCUCCGGUACACCACAUUGGAGAGCAAACAGAAGGUUUGUUUCAUGACUGAUGGUCUGCAUGAUACAGGUCUACGGUUUCUUGAAGAGGAGACUAGGACAAUCCACAUAUGCAAGGCACGACAAUCAUUAAUGAAAGGUUUCAACUGGUAGGCAGGCGGUACAUCAUUUCAAUGUAGACUUGUUGACGUAUCUGAAUGCCAAUGACUCAAUUGAAUGGAAAGAAGAGGAUCUAAGGAGUAAGGGAGCCAUGACGCAGAGAAGCGGAGCGCUUCUUCUUGAGUCUUUGUCUCAGAACUGACUUCGCCGUCUCCUCAUUGCCAGUUAUUACAGUUGCAGUAACUACUGGCUUCAGGCUUGAGCUUAACAGUCAUCAUGGUCUUUACACUGGUAGCUCUCUCUUCUUAAUCAAUGAUCAUGUGCUCCA